UCACAAAUAAAAAGGGGGAAGGAGUGGAGUGGCUGAAGUGCCUACCUAACAGUCGUGAGGCCCUGAGUUCAAACUGCCAAAAAAAAAAUUAGACAAUUAUGUACCCAUUUUCCCCCAGUUACUUUCUGAUGGCUACAGUACCUUUCCUCAAAUGCUGUCUCUUGUUAAACUCAAUCUGGUCCGUUUACUUUUAGGGUGAAAAGUUAAUCAGUUGGGAGACAUUAGCAAAAUAGUUUGAUCACCUCCUGGCUUUGACUUUUUUUUCAGUGUUGGGGUGUGAACUCAGGGCCUCAUGCUUGCUAGAUAAGUGCUCAUUAUUUGAGCUACACCUCCAGCCCCUUUUCAGUUGUAUCUCCAGAGUCCCGGCUGGCAUUGGGCUGCCAUCCUUCUAGGUCUGCCUCCUGAGUAGCUGGGAUGACAGCUGGGACCCACCACAUUUGGCUUUCUUACUUUGACGUUUUGAACCUCAUCUGAGUCUUUUAAGGACAUUGUGGCCACGGAAGUGUCCUGGGGAAAAACCUCUCUAUCUCUUGAUAUGUGAUGUUCAUAGUAUUUAUUCCUGGGAGUUGGAGGUUGAAUUUACUUACUUUUGUCUCUGGGGCAAAUUACUCCUUUUGAGCGUUCUUGUAGAGCACUUGUUGGGGAGAGAUGAGGUACAGUUAGAUUUCAUUUCUUUGUAGAUUUUUAUAGACAUUUUCUUAAUUGUAAAUUUUAAAACUCCUACAUUUUAUAGUAGUAUGUGUUGUUCUGUGUAUCUGAAACUUUUCAAAUAAAUGUCAGCAUCAAGAUCCCUGCCUGUAUCACUUCACAAAAACAAACUGUUCUCUACUUCUCUUUUUGAUUUCAAAGACACCCCUCGGGUGACAGGGAGCAUUGUCUAGGUAGACGAAUUAUUCAUGCAGAUCCUGAGGUUGAACGGAAUUUGCAGGUUUUGAGGACGUGAAGGGCCCCAUGUGUUUGGAGCAGAGUGAGGUUGGAGGGAAAUGCGUGCAUUUUGGGUCGUGCGGGAUUUGGUUCGCCGUGUUAAAUUCCUCAACUGUGAUGGAAAGUCGUUAGGUCCUUCCAUCUGCUCGUGUAGCAGUGGCCUGUGACGGCUGCAUUUUAGGACACUCAAUGUCAGCAGGAGGAAAAAGUAAAUCAUGGCUCUCACGCCCACUUUUGCGGAGUAUGCAGAACUCGUGACAUGGAAUACGUCGAUGGCCGUCCAAGUGCAAGCCGGCUGAAGAAUCGCGUAGGCGAUGUAAUCACACGCAUCGGGGAAAGCUGGCGGGAAACACCAGUCCCGCCUCCUCGCGGACGGGCCAAUUGGGUCGCGAGUUGUGGUUCAAACUGCGGGUGCGCGGCGCUGUGGCUGCGAUGUCUCGGAGCGACCCACGAUGGCUACUCUGAUCUUCGUGGAUAAGGAAAAUGGAGAAGCAGGCUCCCGUGUGGCUCCUAAGAAUGGGCUGAAGCCGGGGUGCGGGCCUGUCAAAGCCUUAGAUGGCAGAGCUCAGGUUUCAGCACCACAGGUUGGCAAAGUGUUCCGUGCUCCACCAGCCUUACCUAAAGCUGCCAGAAAGGCUUUGGGAACUGUCAACAGAGCCACUGAAAAGUCAGUGAAGACUAACGCUCCCAAGCAGAAACAACCAAGCUUCACUGCCAAGAAGAUGACUGAGAAGACUGUUAAAGCAAAAAGCUCCAUUCCUGCCUCUGAUGACACCUAUCCAGAAAUAGAAAAGUUUUUUCCUUUCAAUCCUCUAGACUUUGAGAGUUUUGACCUGCCUGAAGAGCACCAGAUCGCACAGCUCCCCUUGACUGGAGUGCCUCUCAUGGUCCUCGACGAGGAGAGAGGACUUGAAAAGCUGUUGCCUGGGCCCCCUUCACCUGUGAAGAUGCCACCUGCACCGUGGGAAUCUAAUCUGUUGCAGUCUCCCUCGAGCAUACUCUCUACCCUGGAUGUUGAAUUGCCACCUGUGUGUUAUGACCUAGAUACUUAAAUUUCUUAAUGUGUUAUAGCUUGUGUAUGUUGUAUUAAUAAAGAAUUCCUUUGUUU